UUAGGUUAGAUUAUUGACAUUUUAAGAAGUGAAGAGUGAUUGCACUUUAAAAUUUUGAACUAAAUUUGUCUGUAAAACAAAGAUGGGUUUACUUACGGAUCCUAGAGCUGGAACCGGCAAAAUCAUAAAAUUAUUAUUAAAAUGGGAGAAACCAUUGUGCUUUGUAUUAUAUAUAGGAGGAGUUGUAUGGCUAAUGCUCCUAGCGUUACCGGCGUUUAAUGACAAUACUUAUUUUUCUGAGAAUGCUUUAUUACCUGGAUUAGUCACGAAAGAAAGUAACUUGGAACAAACGUCAAAACAGUAUUACUAUGAACUUAGUCACGAGAUGAAGAGAUAUCCAGAUAAUAUGCCUUAUGCAUGGCUCUCGGCAAAAUUCAGUCAGCUUCAUUUAGAUGUAUUUGUACAUAAUUUUUCUUUAAUUUAUCCAUUUCAGGAACAAAAGUUUGUAGGACAAAAUGUUUAUGGUAUUGUCAGAGCUCCACGAGCAUCCAGUACCGAAGCUAUUGUAGUCAGUGUGCCAUAUAGACCUAUCAACAGCAUAUAUUUAGAUACUGCACCUUCGGUAGCUCUAUUACUUGCAUUCGCAAAGUUUUGCAGAAAACAAAAAUAUUGGGCAAAAGAUAUAAUAUUUCUUGUAACGGAACAUGAGCAAUUGGGUAUGCAAGCAUGGCUAGAUGCAUAUCAUGGAUCUACCAGUGGCCAGGAAGGAAUCUUGCUAGCAGGAGAUUUAUCUGGCAGAGCUGGAUCUAUCCAAGCUGCUAUUAAUCUUGAGUUUCAUGCAAUGAAAAUCACGUCAAUUGAUGUUAAGGUAGAAGGUCUAAAUGGACAACUUCCCAAUUUAGAUCUUUUUAACUUAGCACAAAACAUGAUAGCUAAAGAAGGCAUUCAACAGUCUUUCCAACGUCGAUUUGACGUUAAUUACAGGGAUAAAUUUAAAAGUUGGUGGUAUCAUUUUAACACGUUAAUGAGCAUGGUAGCGACGCAAGCUACUGGUGUUCCAACUGGUAAUCAUGGACUCUUCCACAGGUUCGGUAUUGAAGCCAUUACAUUAGAAGGUUUCAAAAAAUCUGGAAAAGAAACAGGAACAAAUUUUUAUCAAGUAGGACGCAUAGUAGAAAGUAUAGUGAGAUCACUUAACAAUUUAUUAGAGCGUUUCCAUCAAUCGUAUUUUUUCUAUUUAUUACCUUCUACCGAUCGAUACAUUUCUAUUGGAUUAUAUAUGCGACCUUUGGUACUAAUAAUCGCUAGUUUAUUUAUAAAGGCAUUUUCUAUUUGGCAAAGAUUACAAACAUCAAAUAAUGAAACAAAAAAGAAUAAACAAAGUUUAUCAAAUAAGGUCGACAAAUUUGACAUUGGAAAUAUCGCUUCCGAAGUGUUGUGGGCGCACAUAUUUGGAGUACUAAUAAUGGCUUCUCCUCGAAUUUUCACUUUAAUCGGAUCACAGAUGUUGAAUCUACGUACAGAGGAUUCAUUAUACAUCAGUUUUGCUUUAAUCACGAUUCUCACGAUAUUUGGGCGCUUUUAUCUGAAGAGAUCAAUCAAAUACGAAAAUAUAUUGCUCGUAUUCGUUAUUGCUUUAAUCGAGCUAGCUACCGCAUUAAUGUGUAUAGCUAUGCACAAUUUCUCUUUAGCAUUAGUGACGGCCGUUGUAUAUGUGCCAAUUGUAUUUUUGAUAACACCGCAUCAUGAAUCUGCGUCCAGAUUCCACUGCUGCCAAUAUAUCAUGUGGAUCAUGCUGCAUCCAUUUAUUUCGUCGGCGAUUGUCGUAAUGGGUUACACGUAUCUUAAUUUUCCUACCGAUCCCAUUCCAUCCCUGUUUCUCAGAAGCUAUCGCGCCAAUAAACAAGCACUUGUUUUCAGCAUUGUUGAUUCUAUGAUAUAUGGUAAUUGGUUCUACAAUGUCGCCACUGCAGUUAUGUUACCAAUGUGGAUGUUAUUUUGGAAUGUUAUGCAUUCUAGCAUCGCGACCCCCUUACGAUAAAACGGUUGUGUAAUUCACGAUAGAAUUUUUUGAUCGAAUUAUCUUAUCGAUGUAAUUUUCCUUGCGUUUAUAAUAAAUCGAUUAAUUUAACUUGUGGAUAAGUAUCCAAUAAAAAUUAUUUGCUCUCAGCAAAGUCAAAGAACUGAAUUUCGAAAGAAGUCCUCGGAGAUCAACUUAUUUUCUCGUGAGACUUCAUGUUCGUCAAUAAUACGUCAGCCAAUAGAUAUAUUAUCUCCCCAUGAUGAUAACCCUUGCGAUAUUCUUAUUGUUGAUCCUCAACUAGUUUAGUGCGUGCAGUGAAUGCGAUAGCAUUGGACGAGCGUUGCUAGGUAAAAUAUCAAUUACAAUAUAAACGUCUAGAUAAAAUAUCAUUAAACGAAAACUGAGAGCACUGUACGUGAGUUUUUUCACAAUUAAAAUUCCGCGCCACAUUGACAUAUUUAUACAGAUGAUGUCAUGUAUUAUUCAAUUGUCAACGAUUUUGAUGAAAUAUUAUGUAUUGAUUGCUACAUAUGAUUUUAUCUAAUCAUUCAUGAUAUUCAAAUGUGACAAAUGCCAACGCAAUUGUGACCUUCUUGCGUUACGUGUGUUUGUCUUUAAGUUUUUCUUCGAUUUUUUUUUUAACAAUCUUUAUUUCGCAAAAAUUUAUAUCAUUUAUAUCGUUUUAUGAUACGUAAUAUAUGUAAAAAUUUAUGUAAAAAUUACAUGUUACAUUCCUAA